ACAAAGCUGAAUGCUAAAUCGGUGAAGUAUCCCUUUAAGUAAAGCGAGGGACGGGACAGAAGCAAGAAGCAUUCAAUAUGUGAAUAAAUAAAUGAGCAGAACGCCUUCAAAUACACCUAGAUACACAUCCUUAGUGCUGAUGUUCAACUCACAAGUUUGAAUAAAAUGCCAUCAGUUGAAAGCAGAACAAAAAGCUCCCGCACUUCCACCGUCGGAACCGAAUCCGUGUGACACCCAGCGGAAGUAAACAACACAAGUACCCGUGGCGGUAGCUAUGGGCGGUAGCUGCAUGCUGCUGCUGACUAGUGCAGGUCAUUCUUUCAGCUGGAACUAAGCAACGAUGUCUCCAGUUGAGUCUCUGAGAGAGUUUGUCACCGAGCGACUAACUGCUGCUGCUGAAGAAAUCUUCCGAGUUGUUGAAGAAACUAUCGCCGAGUACGAGAAGGAGAUCGCUCGGCAGCGCAGACUGCUGGAGCUCGUUUGGAAACCCGAAAUCAAGUUACACAGGAUAGAGCUCCCACAGCAACAUGUCUGUAAAGAGGAGGAGAUUCUCGCUGACCAAGAGGACUCAGAGCUUCCACAGAUUAAAGAGGAACAGGAGGAACUGUGCACCAGUCAGGAGGGAGAGCAGCUUGUACUGAAGCAGGAGACUGAACAUGACCACAGUGAAGGUCAGACUCUGACCUUCAAUCCUGAUGACACUCUAAGUGCAGCAGAGAAAGAGUCUGUAGCCAACAUGCCAGUUAUAACCUCUGUGGUAUCAGAAGCAAACAGUGACCACCAGCUCCUCUCUAAUGAUGCUGAGAGCCAAGAUCAGAAAGGAGGCAAGCAUGGAGACUCAGGAUCAUCACGUAAUGCAGAACUAGAACCAAAAAAGAGACAUCACAAGAGCAGUAGUCACAGUAAUAAUGUAAACAACACUAACUUGUCAGAGAUCCACUGUAAUACUCAAACAGGUAAACAGUCUUUCAUAUGUGACACAUGUGGGAAAGACUUUAAGUAUAAUUCAGCAUUUCAAAGACACUUGAGAGUCCACACAGGUGAGAAGCCAUAUUCUUGCAAAACAUGUGGAAAAGAUUUUGGACGUAGAAAUCACUUGGAAAUUCACAUGAGAACCCACACAGGUGAGAGGCCGUACGUUUGCAAGAUCUGCACUAAAACAUUCUGUGAUGUCUCAGCAUUAAUAAGGCAUAUGAAAAUCCACACCGGUAAGAAGCAAUAUUCUUGCAAAACAUGUGAAAAAGAUUUUGGACGAUAUGAUGAAUGUAAAGACCACAUGAGAAUCCACACAGAUGAGAAGCCGUAUGCUUGCAAAACAUGUGAAAAAGGUUUCAGACAUAAUAGUACAUUAUUGGCCCACAUGAGAACCCACACAGGUGAGAAGCCCUAUUUUUGCAAAACAUGUCAAAAAGAUUUCCGGCAAUAUAGUGCCUUGGUGGUCCACAUGAGAACCCACACAGGUGAGAAGCCAUAUUCUUGCAAAACAUGUGGAAAACAUUUUCGACAAAAUAGUGCAUUGUUGGUACACGUGAGAACCCACACAGGUGAGAAGCCAUACAUUUGCAAGACCUGCAGGAAAAGAUUCUGUGACCCUUCAGGCUUAUUUAAGCAUAUGAGAGUCCACACAAGUGAAAAGCCGUACGUUUGCAAGACCUGUGGGAAAAGAUUCUUUGUUGAUUCAGCAUUGAAGAGGCAUGAGAAUUCACACAGGUGAGAAGCUGUUUUCUUGCAAAACAUAGAAAAGAUUUUGGACAGAAUAGUGGCUUGUUGGUCCACAUGAGAACCCAUACAGGUGAGAAGCUGUACGUUUGCAGGACCUGCCGGCAAAGAUACUGUGACACUGUUAAUAAGGCAUAUGAGAACCCAUACAGGUUAAAAUCUAAACUAAUAUUGAUCCCUGGCCUCUGCAGUCUACAUGUCAAAGUGUCCUUGAGCAAGUCACUGAACCCCAAAUUGCUCCUGAUGGCUGUGCCAUUGGUGUGUAAAUGUGUGUGAAUGUUUAUCUCAUGAGCAGGUGGCACCAUGUAUAGUAGCUAGAGUAGGAAUGUGUGUUAAUGGGGUGAAUGGUGCCUGUACUGUAUGAAGCAAUUUGUUGCUAAUGAUGUAAACUUUAUGCUUGUUGGUUUUGAAAAAUGUCCAUUUACAAAGUAUCUCAGGAUCACUUGUAGUUUAAAGUUUAACAAGGACUUAUUCAUGUGACCAGGAUUAGUGUUUGAUAGUUCUAUAUGAAGCCUCCUGCACAUCUUUGCAAGAAGUUUUUAAUUAUCGUAUAAGAAGUUCUAUUAAAUGGGAAUGUGCCUUCUUCUUGCUAUUUUUAAACACUAGCUUUUGUUUCUGACCAGAUUCUUGUUUGAUAAAUGACAAAUGAUUGAAUUUGUUUUUAUCAGACUGUUUUGAAGAGUGUAAUCAACUAUGGAAUGACUGCAUGGUUUUGGAACCUUGUAUAUCUAUAUCUAUUACCUAUUUAUUAUUAUCAAAAUAAGUUAAUGAUUAUUUGGUAAAGAAAGAAGUAUGUUUAGGAUCCCCAAAACACAGAUUAAUACACUUUAAAAACACACAAUGAUCUAACCAACAAAAUGAACAAGAAUUAACUUAAAAUAGCCCUAGUCUUAUAUGAUUUAACAGGAGUUAUGAGGAAACAGUGUUGAGAUUUAUAAUAACCUAACUUUCUGUAUUGAUCAAAGUAUAGUAUUACAGGUAUUUUAUCUGCUGAACCGUUAACAUUUGGAAAAAAACAACUGAUUUAAUUGUGCAAGCACAUUACUUUCCUUUCAUUUGUUUUAAAUUCAACGAGCAAUGUGUUGUAUUUUAGCAGAAUACUGAAAGCAGCAGAAAGGCAGAACUGAGUACGCUUUAAAAUCUGUUUAUUUAUCACAAGUAAUAUCAUUAUGGUGAUAUUCAACAACCUUAGGGCAUAUCGCAUAUUUUCCUCAUAUCGUGCAGCCCUAAUAACUACCUUGAAAUUGCAGAAUAGUGUUGCAAAAUUUUCAUCUGUAUCAUCUUUUAGUGUAAUUUGUUUAUGUUAAUAGUUAUUUCUUUCUAAAUUAUGUGAUAAUGUUAUGUAGGCUAGUCAUUGUUUUCCUCUUCAUUCGACUAGUUUAUUACUGAACCCAGCAUAACGUGCCGCGCCGUCACAUCAUGCACCACCCACCACCACAAGUUAACUCUCAACCUGUGGGAAACACUACAUACAAAUAAACAUGUACAUAAUUUC